AUGAGCCGCGGCGAACCAUCGCGCAUGCCUAUCUCUUUUUCAUUCAAACAUGCAGGUUCCAAGGUGUCCCCUUUAAAUGCACGAAAGGUCUGGAUUGAUCAUGACAUGGAUGAAGAUGUGCAUGCAUCUGGUAAACACGCAGACGUGCCAUUGAGUGGAAAGCGCAAACGUGACGAUGCAGCUGCAUCGUCGUCCCGGACGACAGCUCCUCAGCCCAAGGUGAUUCCACUUAUAUCUUCAUCUAAUUGGCAUGAUGAGCGGAGACGAAGAAUUGGGAUUUCAGAGAAGCAUGGGUGGCAAUCGGAACCUCUCACACCAGGCUCGAAAAGGUUGACGUCUUUAUCGCGACAGCCGCCCGAUGAACUUGCCACUGAACAGGCUUUUUCCGAGCCUUCAAAGCAAGGUUUGGUUCGUCGUGCACCCAAGGAAGGAACGGAGCGUGACUCCACACCACCGGCAGAACAAAUAUCCUCCGGGGCAUCGACGCCUAGAGAGUCUUUCUCAACGAGCAAUGAACCUACUGACCAUGAUGCUCUGCAAGCCUUGCUUGCAGGAGAGAAGGGAGCUGUUUCCAAUCCAUUAGCCAAAGUAAUUCAGCAGCCUAACGAGGAGGAGAUGUUUCAUCGCGAUGUGGGUACAAGACCAAAUGAGCCAACAUUGGAUGACUAUCAAAGUAUGCCUGUCGAAGAAUUUGGGGCAGCAAUGCUACGUGGGAUGGGUUGGAAAGAAGGUAUGGGCGCGGGAAAACGGCGGAAUGGGCCUGCGCAUGCACCAAUCAUUCAACGCCGCGCAGCUCUUUUGGGCCUCGGUGCGAAGGAGCGCGCUUCUCCCACGAUGAUCUCGGGACAACGACGCGAUGUAGAUCGUCAUUAUAAGCCGGUAACCUCGCGUGAUAACCGCUCGAGGCAUAGUGCCUCUUAUGGACCUAGUCGAUAUCGCGAGGGUGAAAAUUUGCCUCGUCGUGAGAAGCAUGGCUCGAACAAUCGUUCCGAACAUCGCUAUCAAUCUCAGUAUGGAAGCUAUCAUCAUCAACACUGA